CAGUAACAACAGUCACGGCAGCCCGGGCAGUAACGGGCACAUGAACGGAUUAAACCAUAGCCCGGGGAACCCGUCUACCAUUCCCAUGAAGGACCAUGAUGCCAUCAAGCUGUUCAUUGGGCAGAUCCCCCGAAACCUGGACGAGAAAGACCUCAAGCCCCUCUUCGAGGAGUUUGGCAAGAUCUACGAGCUGACGGUUCUGAAGGACAGGUUCACUGGCAUGCACAAAGGCUGUGCCUUCCUCACGUACUGCGAGCGAGAGUCAGCCCUGAAGGCCCAGAGCGCACUGCACGAACAGAAGACGUUGCCCGGGAUGAACAGGCCCAUCCAGGUGAAACCUGCGGACAGCGAGAGCCGAGGAGGUCAUGACUAUGGACGUGAAAGGAGGACGAGGGAAGUAAAUAGCUGGCUAUAUAGAUGGUGUCAAAGAACAGGAUUUGUUUUUCUGGAUCAUUGCCAUGGAAACCAGAAAGAAGACAGAAAACUCUUUGUUGGCAUGCUCAACAAGCAACAAUCUGAGGAUGACGUCCGCCGGCUCUUUGAGGCCUUUGGAAACAUUGAGGAAUGCACGAUCCUCCGGGGGCCAGAUGGCAACAGCAAAGGGUGUGCCUUUGUGAAAUACUCCUCCCAUGUUGAGGCCCAAGCUGCCAUUAACGCCCUGCACGGCAGCCAGACCAUGCCGGGAGCUUCCUCCAGCUUGGUGGUCAAGUUUGCAGACACUGACAAGGAACGCACAAUGAGGCGGAUGCAGCAGAUGGCGGGCCAGAUGGGCAUGUUCAACCCCAUGGCCAUCCAGUUCGGGGCAUAUGGAGCCUAUGCACAGGCACUGAUGCAGCAGCAGGCGGCCAUCAUGGCAUCCGUAGCACAGGGAGGCUACCUGAACCCCAUGGCAGCCUUCGCAGCAGCCCAGAUGCAGCAGAUGGCAGCACUCAACAUGAAUGGCCUCGCGGCCGCCCCCAUGACCCCAACCUCAGGUGGUAGUACCCCUCCGGGCAUCACUGCACCAGCUGUGCCUAGCAUCCCAUCCCCCAUUGGGGUGAAUGGAUUCACUGGCCUUCCCCCACAAGCUAAUGGACAGCCUGCAGCUGAAGCCGUGUUUGCCAAUGGAAUCCACCCCUACCCAGCACAGAGCCCCACGGCGGCCGACCCCCUGCAGCAGGCCUACGCAGGAGUGCAGCAGUAUGCAGGUCCCGCUUACCCUGCUGCCUAUGGUCAGAUAAGCCAAGCGUUCCCUCAGCCGCCUCCAAUGAUCCCACAGCAACAGAGAGAAGGGCCAGAGGGCUGUAACCUGUUCAUCUACCAUCUGCCCCAGGAGUUUGGGGAUGCUGAGCUGAUGCAGAUGUUCCUCCCUUUCGGUAAUGUCAUCUCCUCGAAAGUGUUUGUGGAUCGGGCGACUAACCAAAGUAAAUGCUUUGUGUUUCCCCCCACCCCGGGUGGAGUCGCGGACGGCGGCGUGGACGGCCCUGAGGCGGCCCCGUGGAAACCCCGGCCCUCGGUCUCCCCGUGUCCCCGCAGGCUUCGUGAGCUUCGACAACCCGGCCAGCGCGCAGACGGCCAUCCAGGCCAUGAACGGCUUCCAGAUCGGCAUGAAACGGCUCAAGGUGCAGCUCAAGCGGCCGAAAGACGCCAAUCGCCCUUACUGAGCGCCGGCGGGAGCGUCCCCCGGGGGAAACCAGGACUCGCACAGGGCAGGAUGCUGAAUGGGCUACAUUAAAAAAAAAAAAAAAAACACAAACCUAUAUAUAUAUAUAUAUAUAUAUAUAAAUGAGAACUGUUGGAUGACACCUUUGACAUAUCAGCCAAUAUCAAUAUCAAUCAAGCUGAAGACUCCAGACACACUCUCUGACUGUAACAUUUCUUCAAGAAAAGGAUCGCGUCUAUGGAGUUCAGAGGAUACGUACUUGGGGAAAAUAUAUAUAUAUGACUUAAAGAAGUUGAUGAAGAAGAAAAAAAUAAACAUAAACAUACACAAAAGGAAAUUAACUUUAAAAAAUAAAACAAAAAUAGACCAGAAAAGGAGGAUGAAAGGCCAGAAAUUGGGAAGAGAUGCUGGUUAUGGAUCCACGGGCUUUUUCUGCCAAUGGCGCCUCGUUGGGUGAGGCAGGCUGGAUGCCAGCCAUUAGGCGAGGCGGGGCAUGGCCCCCGGUUGUGGCCAAAAUAGUGGCCAUUGAGUAUCUGUAUCUGUCAUUCCUUUAGCUAUUUAGGGACCAAAGGACCAAACUUUUUAUUGCAGAUGUGUAGCUCUAUGUCAAAUAGAGGGGGAGUGGGGAGGGGAGGGAACAAGUCUCCUUCCUGCCUCAGGGCUGUUCCCAAAGCAGCCAAGAGCGAUUCUAUGAAAUAUGUAAUAAAAAAAAAUACAAAAACAACAACAAAAAAACAAAACAAAACAAAACAAAAAAAAACAAAAAAAAAAACAAAAAAGAAAAAAUCUGCUUCAAUGCUUUUAAACUGGCAAGAUAAUAGUUCUUUGAUACUAUGAGAGGCGCUUUGAUGACCUUUAUUCGAGUCUAUAAACCUUUCCUAUGGUUUUCUGUAUCAUAUGUAUGGAUGGAGAUUUUAAGACAAGCAAGAUGGAUAUUUGGGGAAAGCGAAAUAAAAAAAAAUAUAUAAAUAUCUUUGAGAUGGGAGGAAACCAAGUAAGGAAACAAAAUAAGGGAUAUAUACAAGGAAAGAUAGUUGUUGUGAAAAGUCUGUAAAUGCUUCUAACUCUUCCCCCACCCCUUUUAAAAUCCUAAUAGUUGUACAGAAUUAAAAAAAAAAAAAGAAAAGUUUAAAAUACCUAUAUAAUAGAAGAAAAAUUAGAGGAAAGAAAAAAAAGCAAAAAAAAAAAAAAAAAAAAAACUAUAGAAGUUAGCAUUCCUGCUAAAAAUCCAAGAUGUUGUAGAACUGUAACUUUUGUAGAGUUUAGACUGAGCAUCAAUCCCCCUUCUCUCUGCCGAUCGCUGUUGGACAUUAUUUGCUGAGGGGGACCCUGGGCCACUCCUUUCCGAAACUGCGAGCAUUCCAGCUUUGUCCAGCCGGAGAAUUGAAAGCCACUCAAUUCUUGCUGAUCCGAUGGACAGACGGACAGAAGGAUGGAGGCCGCCAGGUGGCAUGGGGGAGGCGACGCAAGGAAGUCCGGGUUGUCUCUGUCUCUGACCUCGUCCUCACCUUGAAUCCCACAGCUAUAGACUAAACGCUUCGCUCCCCCAAGGAGCUGCUCUCUCCGCAAGCCCUAACCACCUUCUGCUUCAAUAGCUUCCAUGCUCGCUCUAGAGACUUUCAGGGCAAGGGAGAACUGGGAACUUUAAUCUUAAAACGACACAAACAAAAACCUUAAAAACAAAAACAAAAAAAGAAAGAAAAAACACAAUCUUUGAAGAAUUUCUGAAACUGUUUACAAGGAAUUUUGAAAAACAGGGAUGUUUAAAAUGAUGCCGGCUCUGUUUUUCUGUAAAUAAAUUUGCAUAUUUUGUAGGACUUUUAAUUGUAAUGAUAGAGAAAAAACAAGGAAAACUAUUUAAUGAAAGCACGAUAUUUAUCUUUGGUAAAUGACUUUAGAGCAGUUAAAGACAUUGAUUAAAAACUCAGAAUCAGAAAAAAACACAAUUAUUUAAGAACAUAUAUUUUAAAGUAUAUCAUAUUUAUUAUAAUUUAUUUUCACCUUUAGAAAGACUUGCUUUGGCAUUCUGCCUUGACUCCUCCUUGCUUGAGUAUAGGCCACCUGGUGUGGUCGGGGGAGUGGGAGCUUCUUUCCCAACUCCCCUUUUUUUUCUGUACUUUUUGUUUAGAAGAUCAAGUUUCUCUUAUUCCUCUCAGGCCUCUUUCCUUUCUAUUCAUUUGGUUUGUUUGUUUUUUUGGUUAGAUUUUUGUUUUUACUUUCCUCUCUCCUUUGGCUCCUCCUCUUUGGAAGUCCAGAUGUAAAAACAAACAAAACAAAACAAAACAAAACAAAAUAAAAAAACAGCUGCAGUUUGAAACAACUGCUCUUUUCACUCUCAAUUCCCUAAAACUCCUUGUAACCUUCUGUAACUAUUGGAUGACGCUUUCUCCAGCUUAGCCCUAAAUAAAGCACAGUUUAAAAAAAUAAAUAAAACAAAACAGGACCAUUC